UUCUCAGUUGCUUCAUUUCAUGUGAACUUGUCCUUUACCACAACAGCCUGUGACAGGUCAGCUGUCUCUACAAUGGCACUAUGGUUUCUGAGCAGCACUCUGCUCUGGGGCCUUGUCUCUGUCUGGGUCAUUGUACUUAUCCUGAAUAAAUUAAAAGUGUGGUUUGGGCAUAAAACUUAUGUUUGGGACCCCCAGUUCUGCUCCACAUAUCUGACUGGGAAGACGGCAGUGGUGACUGGUGCCAACAGUGGCAUUGGCAAGUUUGUGGCCCAGGAGCUGGCCCUCCGAGGGGCCCGUGUGAUUCUCGCCUGCCGUAGCCGAGAGCGUGGGCAGCAAGCUCUGACUGAGAUUCAGGCUGUCGCAAAAGGCAAUGAUCGCCUGCUGCUUGGUGAGGUAGACAUGAGCUCUAUGGCUUCUGUCCGGAACUUUGCUCAGUGGCUUCUGCGGGAGUAUCCUGAGAUACAUCUUCUUGUUAACAAUGCUGCAGUCUGUGGAAUCCCCAUGACACUUACCAAAGAGGGCCUUGAAUUCACCUUUGCCACUAACUAUCUUGGACCCUUCCUGCUCACAAAUCUGCUCAAAGGGGCCCUACAACGAGCAGGAUCAGCCCGAGUGGUGAAUGUGUCUUCCUAUGUGCACGUACAAGGGCACAUUGAUGAGAAAGAUCUGAAAGGGGUUGGUGGUCCUCUGAAGCCCUACCAGUACUAUACCUGCAGCAAACUACAGCUGACCUCAUUCUCUGGGGAGCUUGCCCGAAGGCUUCAAGGGACAGGUGUGACCGUGAACUCUGUGGAUCCGGGUCUUGUCUACACGGGCAUCAUGAAGAACUACUUUUGGUUAUUCCGCUUUGCUUUCUGGAUCUUCAGCUUCUUCAUGAAGAAUGCCAAACAAGGUGCCAUCCCGGUCCUCUACUUGUGUUUGGCAAAGGAGUUGGAUGGCAUUUCUGGAAGAUAUUUUAGUGACACCUUUGUGAUAAGGCUUCCAUCUGAAGCUGCUCAGGAUCUUCAUGUAGCCCAAAGCCUCUGGAAUGCCUCAGUUCGACUAACAAACCUAGACAAGAUGGACUGAUCCACUGUGACUGCUCAGCCCUGACUUGUCACUCUCCCCAUGAUACUCAGCUCUUAGUCUAAACACCUUUGUUGCUUUGCCCAAGAACUAAUCCCCUUGUCCAGUAUAAUGAUAUUUCUCAGUGACAUGAGAGUUCUGAUUAGCCAGAAGAUGAUUUCAAAUUCUACUUUCUUGCCAGUUUUCUCAUGUCUUUCUUUCUUUCUUUCUUUCUUUCUUUCUUUCUUUCUUUCUUUCUUUCUUUCUUUCUUUCUUCCUUCCUUCCUUCCUUCCUUCCUUCCUUCCUUCCUUCCUUCCUUCCUUUCUUUCUUUCCUUCUUUCUUUGCUUCUU